AUGGCACCUGUUAGAUAUUCAUCACCAGGUAGAAACCAAAAUGAAAAUAAUUCUUCACAAAAUUUACAUAAUACAAUGUUUCGAAGAACACAUUGGACAAAUGAACCUAAUAAUAUGAAUUGGGAAACAUACCAUCAUUUACAAAAUCAAUUACAACAAUUAGAAAUGGAGAUAUUAAAUUGGGAAAUAGAAAUAACAAUUAGACCCUCAACACCUGCUCAU